CAGGUUUUUGCAUGGCUUCAGGAAGUUUUUGGUGAAGACCCUAUUCCCCAGUUUGAGAUUAACAGUUUUACUUUAGGUGUCCUUGAACAACUAGCAAUCAGAAACCAAGAGCAGAAUAAACAUGCAGUUCUCAUAACCAAAGACUCCAUUCAAAAGACUUCAGAAUAUGCUGCUGAGGGUAAUAAACAUUUUAUUGUGGUGUAGUUGUUUGAAAGAUGAUUAACACAAAUCUGGGUUUAGUUACCGCAACAACUCAUAAAAUAAAAAAUAGUCUGUUUACGUCUGUUUAUGCAAGUUGGCCUAGGCAGCCAAGUCUCUGGCAAGUAACGUUUGCUCGUGAGUGGCAAGGAAAUCUUAUUUUUGUUCACAACAUUUAUGGAGAGUAUACUUGGUUUCAUAGUUUGAGAAAUGUUGAGCACCACACAAUUUUAUGUACAGUCUUGAAGCAUGAUAAAUUGAUAAGUCUUUAAAAAAAUUAAUUACUGAAACCAGAGGGCCUAUAAGAGUUUUUUGUAACCUGGCAUUGCCAAAAAGAAAAUAUUGCUGGUUAUGUCCUCUCGACCUGUUGAUGUUUAUUGAAGACAAUAGGGCUGUACCUUGAGGAAGUUACUUACUGAUUAUGCUUUGAUGUUAUCAAAAAUUAUUACAGUGCUAUAGCCUGGAAAGUUCUUAAAGUCAAGUUGCCAAGUCCUCAAUCUGAAUUAAUUAAUUUUUAUCACAUGCUAAUAUCUAACUAAACUGCUUUUUAAUAUUUUGUCUUCUAUAAGUUGAAAGGCUAAACAGGAUAACAGAACAAGUAGGUUUACCAGUAUCAACCAUGUCUCAGUCUGGAAGAACAAGUUUAAAAACUCUUGCCUCUGUGGCUUUGCUACUUGGAACUAAAAACUGCUCCACAUCAAGGUAAAGUAAAUGCUCUCUAUAUAGGGACAACUCUUAAAUACUGACGUUUUCCUCAUUAAGGUCACUUUUUUAGUCUAAAAGAUCACAAACUUCAUACAGUUCUUAUACCUAAUGACUGGUAAAAUAUGGACAAUUUUGUAUUGUAAACACUCAGUUCUGUAACUAAGAAACGUUUAUUUACAGCUAAUUAUACACAGAGAAGUAAACUAAAAGUUUUGGAAAAAAAUUAAUGUGAAUGGUAUUGAAUUUUGUAGGAAAGCUGGAAUAAUAAAGACCAUAAAUGGAAUAAUAAAUAUCAUAAGAGACUUGUUUUUUUGUUUGUCCUUUUUUAAUCUCUCUCCAUAAAAUGCUGAAAAUCCUGAAUCCAUGGAAUCCAGAUUCUGAUUGAAUCAACACUGAAUGUGCACUUAAAACAUUCACAAUCCUUGAUAAGAUUCAUGGGGAAAAAAAAGAAUAAAUUACUACAGUAGUUUUAAAUUUGCAUAUCUAGAUACACUGUACACUGUGGAUUAUCCAAAACUAAUGCAAGGGGGAAUUAGAGCCUAAUACAUGAGUUAUAUCUCAGUUAGUAUGUUUUGCCUUGAAUUAUACAUUAUUAUUUUCUUAUCAUUGUUUUAGUCUUUUGCUAGGGAUUGCAGAACAAAGUCAAGCCUUAUCAGCUACAGUUGAUGCCAACACAGAAGAGAAACAUCUUCUUUCCAGACUGUUAAUCAAAACAAAGAAAGCACAAGCUAAGGUCUCUGACCUACAAAGGUAUCUGUUAAAUAUAUUUUAGUACUGAAUCUUUCAAACAAAAGUUUAUGAGAGCUUACUGGCAUGGAUGCUGAAAAAAUGUUUGUGAAUUUUUUUUAAACUUAGGUUACAUGCAGGUUAACUUCUGGCAACUUCUAUGAACCUCUAGAAAAUUAAUGAUGCAACAGUCUUGUAUCCCUGCUUUGCCCCUCAUUUUUUAUGACAUUGUCGCCGGGUAGCUAAGACGUAUGACUUUUUUCUUAACAUCUCUAAAAUGCCUUUCUUUAAAAAUAUGUUAUUGAGCCACAGUGAAGUGCUCUUGGACCUUUUGCAAACCUCCUGGGUUACAAAUCACACUGUACAAUCUCUGUACUUCACACUGUAUUUUCCAAAGGCACCUAAUUUUCUUUGAUUAAAUCCUAUUAAAUUCAUACUACUGCAGAAAAUUGUCUACAAAUGUAUUGUUAUAUAACAACUUUUGCUAACAUUGUUAUUUUUACAGAUCUCUUGAUGGGCUUGAGGAUCAAGUGGCCUUGCAGGCUCCUAAAUUGCAAAGAAAUGCUCAAGAAACAGAGUUUGUAAAAUUGAAGUGCAAAGAAUAUGAGAAAAUCAACAAGGAACUUGAGGUGAACUUGCUAAGGUCAAAUCCUGCCAGGUUAACAAACAGAGUAUAUGGGUUGUCAUGGUAACUAGCCCUGGGUUUGCAUUAAUCAGCCUUUGAACAGCUUGGCCCUGAUAUUUAAGUGCAAACAAAGUUGCGGCAAAAGUUGAACCUUACCUGAUAGACAAUCCCCCGUAAUUUGAACACUUGUCUAUUAUGGACAGUUUCAAAAGUUAACAAACUUAAGUACUUCUGUAACACUGACGUCUCUCUGAUGUGCACCCUCGGGUAUGCCUCCUUGGUAUCCAUAUUCAUUUGUAUAAGUAAAUAGUUCACUGCAGAUAGCUGAAACUAUUGUUAACUGUUCCUGUUAAAUCAAGUCAUUUUGUUGGUGCUUUUUUAAGCCUUUGACGUGUGGCUUUAAAUAAAGUUGCUUUAGUUAUGAAUUCACCGCAGAAAUUAAAAUAAACAUUCAGGGAAUGCUUUCGUUUUGAGAUUUUGCCUUAUAAUGCAAGGGUAGUAAUUUAUCUCUAAAUCAUUUUUUUUCGUUCCAUUUUUGCCACAGGGAUAUCAGAGUAAAGUUCCGCUGGAUUCUUCAAUAUUCCAUAACUCCCUUGUCAAAAAAGCAGAGGUACAACUUCAACAGUAAUAGUGAUAAUAGCGUUGUGUGGUACUUUUAAAUGUCGGCAUUUGAUAUAAAAAUUAUACUAGCUAACAAGUUUUUUUGUACAAGAAGAAACAGCUUUUUUAUCCAUAGCGUCAUAGCUUUUGGUAAAGAAAAAAAAGUAGCUCUGACAACACCUGUCAGUUGAUAAGACAACUCACAUAUACAUUUAAAAUAAUGAUUUAUUGUUAUUAAAAUGGUUAAUCAGUGAUAAUAUGUGAUUUUAUCAGUCUGUUGUAGACAUGUUUGACCAGGAUUAACAGGAGAUGUUCUUUGGUUUCACAGGAUGUGAGAGUUACUAAAGAAAAGAUGAAGCCAAUAAAAGCUAAGUUAGAUGGUUACAACAGUCUUCCACCUGUAAGUACACUUUGAAAAUAAGCCACUCACUACGCUCAGUGGUUUCUGUGGCUGCUUAAAAAAUAAAAUGCUUUUUAGUAAUAUUUUAUUAUCUGGAAACACUCAACAUUUCUAAUUUUUUCUCACUUUUAAGGAUAUUUAUCAGGCAAAAGUCAAAGUUGAAGAAGCAAAAAUGCAGCUGGUAAGUUUGUUGAAGUUGCAUGUACCGUAAAUUACACUUAAAAUAAAUAAUUAUCAGAUGUUACAAUUUUAGCACUAUCGUGGAUUGUUGUGUAAACUAACUAUACUUUUUCUUCAAAACAAUUUUAUUAUUCUUAGGAACUGUUGGAACGACAACUAUCAAUGAGUAUAGACACUCUCCACUUGUAA